ACGAAAUGACUGGCAAUGCUCAUGAGGUCAGCGUUGGCCGUAACAAAGCCGCAAUAUAAAGUCACGUCGCCACAGUGUUUAAUGGAUAUACAGGAACCGAGCGACUUGGACAAAACAUGGCGUCUCGUCUGUGUGGCUACCGCGUUGGAGUCUUCACCCAAUUGAUGGCCGUGAGAGUUUGUUUGUUUCUGAUGAGCUACACGAUGACGCGCUGUGACCUCGUCGCUCCAUUCCUGCUCCUGUUCCUCCACAAUGCUGUCACACAAAAAAGCGAUGAAGCUGGAACAGCAGGGUCCACCCCAUCUCCAGCAUCCAGUGGCGUGAUGGAAGAGGACACUGAUUGGGGCCUCCACUCUCUGAGAGGUGGCUUUGAGGCAGCCAGCGGCUACUUUGACUCGAUUUUGGAGUUCAUGGGUGGACGGGAUGGACUCUGCCAAUAUCGCUGUCGAUAUGGUAAUGCUCCACUUCCCCGUUCUGGGUACGAGAUGCCCGAACCUAAUGGGUGCAGCUCCUACUUCUUUGGUUUUCCUGUUCCAGAGGGGAUGGAUAUGGGGAUCCCCGCCAUGACCAAGUGUUGCAAUCAGCUGGAUAUGUGUUAUGAUACCUGUGGCUCAAACAAGUAUCGCUGUGACUCGAAGUUCCGCUGGUGUCUCCACAGCAUUUGCUCAGAUCUCAAGAAGAGCCUUGGUUUUGUGUCCAAAGUUGAAGCAUGCGAGACGGUGGCAGAUACUUUGUUCAACGCAGUGUGGACUUUGGGCUGCAGACCCUACAUGAACAGCCAGAGAGCAUCGUGCUACUGCCAAGGAGAAGAGAAAGAUGAACUCUAACCAGAAACCACAUUGCUAUUUAUAAGACGGGUGAACUUAUACCAACAUGGCUGAUGUGGUGUUGCAUUAAUAGCUUCAAUAGUACCUCUUGAGUGGCAAUAUUUUAGUUUCAAAGUAUUGCUCCCUGUAUGAGCAAUUUUUAUUUUUAGGUGGGGAUAUUAGUCAUUUUACAGGCUUCAUAUUGCUUCCAACACUGGUUUAAAAUGGAUUAUAUUGUUUGGAGGUGAACUAUAUAUUUUCUAAAUAACUGUUGUCAACUAUAGUAAACUUUACUUUGCCUGAAUUAACUUUCAACAACUAAUAGGUGAAACAUCUAUUUUGCAUACUACUGAUCCUGUUCAGGAUGGGUUGACGGUUAAGGGCCUUCUCUUUACCCGUCAAUCACUGGGUGAAUGGCUCACUGGUCAGAAAUGAAUCCCAGGCUAGUUAAGGGAAUUAAUCGAAACCUGUUUUAAUUACUACACCACUGAUACCCAAACUAGGACUAAAGGUUCUCUUUUUGCAUCUCUCCCCAGUUAUUUAGUGUAAUAACUAAACCAUUGCAUGUGUUGAAGGACUUAGGGGGUACACGGAACAUGCUUACAACAUGUAGUCAUGCUCAAUAAUAUUGCCACCCCAUUCUUAAACAGGACUGUGUUGUUUCUUACUGGUUUAUGUGUUAAAAAAAAUCCACUAACCCCGCAUUUAGCAAAAAAAAUAAAUAAAUAUAUAAAUAAACAAUUGACCUAAAACAGGAAACAGUCUGAUUGCAUGUCAAAGUCCAGAUUUUUUUUUUUUUUAAUGCCAGACUAAGUCAACAAUAAUCACUAAUUUAAGUAGAGUUCCUUAUAAUAAAAUAUGCCCCCUCUUUUGUAGGUAAGAUGCGUCUA